CGUCUACAUUCAAAAUGUGCCUUUACUUAACAUGAACAGCGGCUCCUCGCCCAUCGUCACCCCGGAUAAUUGACAUCAUACCAAACCCAACCGCCCUCCUCGAGAAAAAAAAGAAAAAAAAUUGAACCAACAAAGAUAACGACAGAAAUCCAACAAUGGCUCUCCGUCGCCUCCUCCUGCUGGACUUUGACGGCACAAUAACUCAACACGACACCCUCGCCUCGCUCGUUGCUCUGGCCAUCGACGCAACCUCCUCCUGCACGGUCGCGGGGGGCCAGGACCAGACGGCGGUUGCCGCGCAGCAGCAGCAGCAGAAGCAGAAGCAGAAGCAGAAGCAGCGGGCGCUCUGGGACCAGAUCGUGCGCGACUACGUCGCCGCGCACCGGGUCCACGUCGCAGGAUACUCGGCGGCGGCGAAGGCCGAAGAGCGGCGCACCGCGCUGCGCCAGGAGCUCGCCUUCCUCGAGAGCGCGCGCGAGGUGGAGCGCGCGUCGGUCACGCGCGUCAGCCGCGCCGGAUUCUUUGCCGGGCUGGACGCGGCCGCCCUCGAGGAGCUCGGCAGGGAGGCCGUGCGGCUGGCGGCGGCGACGGCGACGACGACGACGACGUCGUCGUCUUUGUCGGGUCUCGAGAAUGGCGGUGGUGAUGGUGGUGAUGGUGAUGGUUCAUCCUCCUCUUCUUCCCGAGCAGAUGGGUCACUGGAGGAGAAGAGAGAAGGGGCGGUGAGGCUGAGGAAAGGCGUGGGGGAGUUCCUGGAGCAGCAAGGCAAAGAUGGGUGGGAUUUGGCGGUUGUGAGCGUCAACUGGUCGAGGGAGUUCAUCAGGGGUGUCGUGGAGGCCGGGUGCUCUCGGGGUCGGGGGGGCGAGAGGAUCAAGAGGGUGGUGGCGAACGGGAUCCGGUUCCCUAGCGGGCAGGUUGAGGGCCCCGAGGAGCUCGGCGGGGAGCCGCUCGUCACGGCGGGAGAUAAGUUGCGGGCGAUGGAGUCGCUGAGGCAGAGGCUGGCCGACGAGAAGGUGGUGUAUUUUGGGGACUCCACGACGGACCUGGCUUGCCUGAUGGAAGCGGAUCUUGGGGUCGUCAUGGCGGACGAUGCGGAGAGCAAGCUGCUGAACACGCUGAGGAGGGUGGGCGGCGAGGUACCGCAUGUAGCAGAAGCAAAAUCGGACAGCAAGCUGGUCUGGGCGAGAGACUUUGACGAGGUCCUUCACAGCGGCGUGAUGGCCAGGAUAUGAUGGCAAGGAGAGAGCUGUUACGUGAGGGGAAAGACAGGCGCUGAUGAACAACCGGCGGCUAGCCCCCCCC